UUGUGUACGGACGUGAUUUUUGUUGUUGCAAUAAAGUUUCUCUUUUUUUUGGUUAAAAUAAGUAAAGUUUACCGGGUGAAUAAAUUCAAACAAUUAAUUACCUUACUUCAUUUACAAUAUUGAUUAUUAUUUUUGCUGAUUAUUGCUGAUUUUGAGUGCAGAUUGUGAGGAGGGUUUCAUUCGAAUACAGCGGCGACAUAAACGAUCGAUAGAUAACGAAAUCAAUAUGGAGAUGUCAGCUUUUGGUGAAGAAAUAAAGCUGGUUCUGAAAAAAAGUGGAAGUGUCCUUUUUGGUGCAGCAACACCGGUUUAUAAGCUCUUCAAAAAUUAUGAUAUGUCUUAUAGUAUGUAUCGAAAUGAACCAGAUGUUCAUUCAGAAAAAGAAACAUUUGAGGAUAUAGUUCAAUCUGCUUCCAUGACUUUUGUCACUCAACCUAAUGGUUCAAGAACUAUUCACAGUGGAUCCAUUGGUUCCGAAAAUUUGUUUAUCAUUCCUAUUCCACAGAGCCGUAAAUAUCAGUUUUAUAAAUUCAAUAGUUAUGAUAACUAUUAUUACACACAUAAUGACAAUAAAUACCAAACAUCUUACGCUCAUAAAAGUCCGAUUACGAAAUAUCCUUAUCUUUCAAAUAAUAAUUUUUAUACGUACUACCAACAAAUGAAUACUAUACCAGACACAAUCUAUCCGGAAAUACUGAUUAUUAUUGAUUAUGAGUUGUUGGUAAAUAUUGGAGAAGACAAAAUAAUUAUUUACUUGAUACAGUUUUGGAAUCAAGUUGAUUUACUGUUUCGUACCUUAAGCAAUCCACAGUAUAAAUUGAACAUUGCUGGAAUUGUUAUACCUAUGGAGCCAGAUACUUUACAAUACUUGACUGAUGGUUCAUUUUCUUCAUACGGCCGAAAUAAUGUUGAUUUGCAUAUUGCAUUAAGAUCCUUCAAAAAAUGGAUUUAUCAACAAAGAUAUGUAAUCCCUAUCGAUAGUUACGAUCUGGCAAUAACAAUGACCUCGAAAGUCACAAAUGGUAAUCGAUACGGCUUUUCAUAUGGAGAGGUUAUUGGUAGAGCGUUAUCAUCAAGCGCUUGUGCAGUUGAUCAUUUUCAACAACAAGUGCUGAAAGCUGGUAUCAUAGCCACGAAUGGAGAUUUUCAAGAUGUUCUUACUGCAGCUCAUGAAAUUGGACACAUCCUUGGAGCAACUCAUGACGAUGCAGAAUGUCCUAACUCAGCAGGUUAUAUUAUGUCAUCAGCAGUAAUACCAGGAACAUAUAGUACUCAAUGGUCACAAUGCUCAUUACGUGAUUUUACGAAUUUCCUUCGUACAAACCCAACGUGUCUUUAUAAUAAACCCAAAACCUAAGCCGUAAAUAAUAAAUAAAUAUAGCAAUCAGAGAUUAUGAUUUAUAAUCUGCUAGUGGAAACGCCAAUGAGGAGCUUAAAAGGAAGAGUUAUGUAAUA